UUGAUUACGUAUUUGAAGCCGUAUCUUCAAACCGGCGGUCGGUCGAUGUCCCUUAAUUGACAAGUGCAUUCGGUCUUUCAGCGCUGCUCCACGGGGUGGUGUCGAGACAAGUCAACACCUGCAGCCAUUUUACGCUCCGAUGUCAAAUAUUCCGGUGAUGCCGUGAAUCAGAUCCAUCUCUGAGCAGCCCGUCUGCACCCUUGAAUCCAGCAGGUCAAAAAUGGUUAAAAGAAAGAGCUUAGAUGACAGUGACCAGGAAAACUGCCGGGGGAUCCCGUUUCCGAUCCAAACCUUCCUAUGGAGACAGACCAGCGCGUUUUUGCGGCCGAAGUUAGGGAAGCAGUAUGAAGCCUCCUGUGUGUCAUUUGAGCGGGUGCUGGUGGAGAACAAACUCCACGGGCUCUCUCCAGCCCUCACUGAAGCCAUCCAGAGCAUCUCUCGCUGGGAGCUGGUCCAGGCUGCUCUGCCUCAUGUUCUCCACUGCACUGCCAUCCUUCUCUCGAACCGCAACAAACUGGGACACCAGGAUAAACUCGGGGUAGCUGAAACGAAACUCCUUCACACUCUACAUUGGAUGCUUCUGGAGGCGGCCCAGGAGUGCCAUCAGGAGCCUGGCUUGGGACAGGGCUGGUCUGGGGGUAGCAGUGGUAGCAGUAGUGCCUACCUUCAGCCCAUGGGGAACCAGGGUCUCACAGACCGCAAUGGCAGCACAACUGAAGAGAAUGAAUAUGCCCGUGCCAAACUCUACCAUAAGAACAUGGCCACUGUGGAGCUCUUUGUGUUUCUCUUUGCCCCACUCAUUAACCGGAUCAAGGAGUCUGACCUCACCUUUCGACUAGCUGGUGGACUUGUUAUUUGGCAGCCAAUGUGGGAGCACCGUCAUCCUGAUGUUCCUGCUUUUUCUGCCCUUGUCAAACCCAUGCGUAACAUUAUUACAGCAAAGAGGAAUUCUCUAGUGAAUAACCAGUGUAGUCCUCAUGAUACCAGCAACCCAUGCCCUUCAGUGGUUUGUGAAUCAGUCCGGCCAGACUCCUCCUCCCCCUCAGCGACAGGUCAGAGCUGUCGCCGUGGCAACUCUGUAGAGAAAGGAGGGUCCUCACAGCAGGCCUUUGAGAAAGGAUUUUCACAACCAAAGAAUUUCUCAGUCCCUGUUGGCAUCUCUGUAUCACAGCGAGCAAGAUAUGCCACCUAUUUUGAUGUUGCAGUGCUGCGUUGCUUGAUGCAGCCUCACUGGACAGAAGAAGGUGUGCACUGGGCCCUCACAUACUACCUGCAACGACUGCGUCAGAUACUGCAGGAGAAGCCUGAACGGCCCCCUGAGCCCCUGAUACCCCCCUUACCGCGACCCCGCAGUAGUUCCAUGGUGGCUGCCACCCCUUCUUUGGUUAAUACUCACAAAACACAGGAUAUGACUCAAAAAUGUAAUGAGGAAAGCAGGUCUUUGAGCUCUGAGACCUUCUCCAAAGUGUCAUUUACCAACCUCAGGAGACAAGCAGUCCCUGACCUCUCAACUGAGAUGGGCAUGAACAUAUUCAAAAAGUUUAAGAACCGUAGAGAAGAUAGAGAGAGAAAAGGCUCUAUCCCAUUCCACUAUACUGGGAAGAAACGCCAGCGUCGAAUGGGCAUACCUUUCCUGAUGCAUGAGGAUCACCUGGAUGUUUCACCCACACGCAGCACCUUCUCAUUCGGAAGCUUCUCUGGACUGGGAGAUGACCGUCGCACUCUGGACCGCGGUGGUUGGCCUUCCACUAUCAUGGGGAAGUUGACACGCCGUGGAAGCUCAGAUACUGCUGGAGAUGUGGACAGUCUUGGAGCUAAACAUUUUCACUCCCACCACAACUUGCCUGAACAUUCCAACAGUCACAGUGACAAUACCAUCAAAGAGGGUGUUCGUUCCCAGAUCUCUACCAUCACCAUGGCUACAUUUAACACAACCGUGGCUUCCUUUAAUGUAGGCUACACAGAUUUCUUCACAGAGCACAUAAAGAAACUGUGUAACCCCAUUCCCAUUCCUGAGAUGCCAUGUGAGCCGCUGGCCUGCUCCAACCUUCCCCGAAGUCUGACAGACUCCUGCAUCAACUACACAUCGCUAGAGGACCGAGACACCAUUGAGGGAACUAACAACUUCAUUCUGAAGAAUGGCAUGCUGGACCUCAUGGCUAUUCUGCGGGCCCUGUAUGCUGUACUCACCCAUGACAUUGGUUCUCGGAUUUGCGACGUGGCUCUCAACAUCAUUGAAUGCCUCCUGCAGCUGGGCGUGGUGCCCAGUGUGAAUAAGAAAGCCUCCAAACCUGAGGAUAAAGAGGCGGAGCAUCCGAAGGAGGGAGCCAGUCAGAGUGUGGGUGGAGCUCAGGGGGAGGCUGCUGGAGGCACAGGAGCAGCACCUAAUGGAGGUGGUGGAGGAGAUGGAGGAGGAGGGGGUGGAGAGAGUCGUGGAGGAAGCAGAGAUGAUAUAAAGAAUAACAAGGACAACAAGGAUGGAGACACUUCACUCAGCACUCACAGGUUGGCUCUCACCAUGCUUAUUAAGAUCGUAAAAUCACUCGGCUGUGCGUACGGCUGUGGGGAAGGUCAUCGCGGGCUCUCUGGAGACCGUCUUCGGAUGCAGGCGCAGAACUGUUUGACUACUCUGUACAAGCUGGAUAAAGUGCAGUUCCGUCAGACUAUGAAAGAAUACGUUAAUAAGGAUUCGCUCAACAAUAUUGUGGAUUUCCUGCACGCCCUACUUGGCUUCUGCAUGGAGCCAAUCACUGACAAAUACGGCAGUGCAGGUGAGAGGUCCAGGAGGGCGAAUAAAAGAAACAUCGACAAGGCUGGCUUUGGGAACAACUUCACCACUGGAGGAGAUAAAUCUCUGGCCCAGAGCAUGGAGACUGUGGUGGUGGGCUGCAUGUUCAAGUCUCUCAUCACAAGAUGUGCCUCCACUACACAUGAGCUUCACAGUUCUGAGAACCUGGGUCUGUAUUGCGACAUACGUCAGCUGGUUCAGUUUAUUAAGGAAUCCCAUGGAAAUGUCUUCCGACGUGUGGCUCUCAGUGCACUUCUGGACAGCGCUGAAAAACUCAAUACCACUAAAAACACAGAUGAAAAGGAGACCAAGCCAUCUUCAGCAAAAAAUGAAGAGCAAAUCCCAGGAGCACUUCUAGGGAGAAAAGACUUUUGGAGGAAGAUGUUCAAAUCUCAGAGUGCCGCCAGUGAUACAAGCAGCCAAUCAGAACAGGAUACCUCAGAGUGCACCACUGCCCACUCUGGUACUACCACAGACCGUCGUUCGCGUUCACGUUCCCGUCGGAUUUCACUACGCAAAAAGCUCAAACUGCCCAUAGCAUGCCAUAGGAAAGCUCGCCAUCCACUCACUCUCUCCAUGUUACGAAACUGGCUGAAACGUUCCUCUCUAUCUGGUCUGGCUGAUGGGGUGGAGGACCUGCUGGACAUCAGCUCAGUGGACAGACUGUCCUUUAUCAGACAGAGCUCCAAGGUCAAGUUCACCAGCGCCGUGAAGCUGUCAGAGGGAAGCGCUAUUGAAUAUGGGCGAGAGGAAGAGGAGAAUUUCUUCAAGCGGCUCGGUAAAUGGCGGUCUGGUCGGAGGAACCCUUCCAAGGUUCACCACACAGAAGAGAAAGAUGGUUGCCAUGGAUUCCAGGAGCGCUUGGCUGCCAGUCAGGAGGCCAUGAAGAAUAAGAACAUUGUGAAUCUAGGUGCGAUCAGACAGGGCAUGAAGAGAUUUCAGUUCCUGUUGAACUGCUGUGAGCCAGGAACUAUACCAGAUGCUUCCAUUUUAGCAGCAGCGCUGGACCUGGAAGCGCCCGUUGUGGCAAGGGCCUCACUUUUCCUGGAGUGUGCUCGUUUUGUGCAUCGCUGUAACCGUGGUAACUGGCCAGAGUGGAUGAAAGGUCACCAUGUGAACAUCACUAAGAGAGGACUGUCCAGAGGUCGAUCGCCUGUAGCAGGAAACAAAAGAAACACAAAGCUCCAGUGGAACGCAGCCAAACACUUUUACCAGUGGGGAGAUGCAAUAGGCACUCGGCUGAGUGAAAUUUGCCACUCAGACAGUGAGAGUCCAGCCAACAUCUUGGGUUUUAUCUAUGAUGAAGAAAGCAAGAGGCGAGCAAAAAAGGAGGAUGAGGAAGAAGAUUAUCUGGAUGACAACACAGUCAACCCCACGAAGUGUGGAUGUCCUUUUGCUCUGAAGAUGGCUGCUUGUCAGCUGCUUCUGGAGAUCACCACUUUCCUGCGAGAGACCUUUCCCUGUCUCCCCAGACCCAGGACAGAGCCCCUUGUGGAUUUAGAGAGCUGUCGUUUACGUCUGGACCCUGAGCUAGGCCGUCACCGCUAUGAGAGGAAGAUUAGCUUUGCAGGAAUCCUGGAUGAUGAGGAUGGGCACGAUUCUCUGAAUAGCAGCAGCCACACCCUCAAGUCUGACACUGGCUGUGAGGAAAAGAAAUCAUCACAAGAGCCACUGGCUCCAAUUAGGAAGAUCCGUAUUGGUGGCUCUCGUUUACUACAGAUUAAAGGAGCAAGGAGUUUUCGAGUAAAGAAAGGAGGCUCUUUGUCUUCUAUCCGCCGAGCAGGGAGUCUGAAAAGCACUAAGACGUCCAGACAGGACUCUGAGUCAGAGAAUGAUGCAGAAUCGGAACGGCUGCUCUCCCAGAGUAGAGAUACUGUGCGUCUUUGUGCCGCAAUGGCACAACUGAAGAGGGAAGGAGGGGGCUCUGAACGAGGUGCAGGCAAAGGACAGGGAACAGGAAAUGGAGGCAGCAGGAGGGACCAGGGUGGCAAAGACAUUGGGAGGAGCCAGGAGCAGGAGAAUCCAGGCAGGGACCCAGAAUCCAGCCAGGACGGAGGCCCAUGGUGGAGUCGAGGGAGGGAGAAGCCAUGGUGGAGGGCCAACUUGGAGCUGAUGGCUCACAUGACUAAGGCGAAGGCAGGCACUCGGAACAUCGCGGCGGAGUCGGAGCAACUGAGGACAAAGUUGGAGCCGGAGGCAAGGAGGGGCCAGAUGGAGCCUGAGGGAUGGAGGGGCGAGGCGAAGCCGGAAGAGUGGAAUCCUGUGGCGGAGGCAGGUCGACGACUGACCAAGCGGAGCCGGAGAGACAAGGGAGCCUGGUGGAGCCCGUGUGAUGACUGGCCACCGUGGAGUCAAUGUUCAGACAAGUCCUGCCUCCGGACCCCAUCCAUGAAGAGACGCCCCACUGACAGCAGUGCUGAGGGGAAAAAAGAUACUGGCAUGUUAAAGUACAUACGCAACCAGGUAAUGAGUCUAUCUCCAGCCCCUCUGUCCUUGCUUAUAAAAGCAGCCCCUAUCCUGACUGAGGACAUGUAUGGAGACAUUUUGCCUGCAGCAUGGGAGCUUCUGCUGAGUGUGGAUGAACAUAUGGCUGCAGCUGCAGCUGCCCUGUUCCUGCUGUGCGCUGUGAAGGUGCCGGAUGGAGUGACCGAGAUGAUGAUGGCUGAGUUUCAGCACAAGGAAGCAUGUCAGAGAAUUAACUCUAUUUUGAAAUUCUACACUGUUUGGAGAUUCCGGUACCAAGUUUGGCCUCGGAUGGAGGAGGGGGCUCAGCAGAUUUUUAAGAUUCCUCCACCCAGCAUUAACUUCACGCUGCCCUCUCCUAUCCUGGGAAUGCCCUGUGUGCCUAUAUUUGACCCUCCAUGGGUUCCUGUUAAUGCAGGCACUGUUCCGGAUGCAAUCAGUGAAGAUCAGUCUAAAUCAUUCUCUGCACGUGCAGUAUCUCGCUCUCACCAACGGGCAGAGCACAUCCUGAAGAACAUGCAGCAGGAGGAGGAGAAGAGGAGACUCGGUCGUGAGGCCAGCAUCAUCACAGCCAUCCCUAUCGCUCAGGAGGCCUGCUAUGAGCCCACAUGUAGUCCCCCACCCGAGCAGGAAGAGGAAGUAGAAGAUGUGAUGAACUUGACAUCACGUCGUCUGUCCGUCAGCCCCUCUUGUGCCUCCAGUAACUCCCACAGAAACUACUCUUUCCGCAGGGGCUCUGUGUGGUCAGUGCGGUCAAUGGUCAGUGCUGAAGAUGACGAGAACACGACAGAACUCACACCAACACAUCACAUGCUGCAGCCACCCCAGUCUGUUUUCCCACCAUGUAUCUGUGCUGCUGUGUUGCCCAUUGUGCACCUGAUGGAAGAUGGAGAAGUUCGGGAAGAUGGAGUUGCAGUUUGUGCUGUUGCUCAGCAGGUCUUGUGGAACUGCCUGAUUGAAGAUCCAGCCUUGGUUCUUAGACAUUUCCUGGAGAAACUCACAGUCAGUAAUAGACAGGAUGAGCUGAUGUACAUGCUGAGGAAACUGCUUCUUAACAUUGGGGAUUUGCCUGCACAGACCUCACACAUUCUUUUCAACUAUCUGGUGGGCUUGAUCAUGUACUUCGUAAGGACUCCCUGUGAGUGGGGCAUGGAUGCCAUAUCAGCCACAUUGACCUUUCUAUGGGAGGUGGUAGGUUAUGUCGAGGGGCUCUUUUUCAAAGACCUUAAACAGACUAUGAAGAAAGAACAGUGUGAGGUCAAGCUUCUGGUUACUGCCUCCAUGCCAGGAACCAAAACCCUGGUGGUUCAUGGACAGAAUGAGUGUGACAUUCCCACCCAGUUACCAGUGCAUGAAGACACCCAGUUUGAAGCCCUUUUGAAGGAGUGUUUAGAAUUCUUCAAUAUACCAGAGGCUCGAUCUGCUAACUAUUUUUUGAUGGAUAAGCGUUGGAACCUUAUACACUAUGCCAAGACAUAUGUGCGAGACAUCUACCCUUUCCGAAGAUCAGUAUCUCCUCAACUCAACCUGGUUCAUAUGCUUCCAGAGAAGGGCCAGGAGCUCAUCCAGAAACAGGUGAUGGCGGAAACGGGAUUCCAUAGUUCUGUCAGUGCUUUGACAAGGAGGCAGGUGGAGUGGGAGGCAGCUAGCAGUCUGAUUGAAGGGAUUUGUUUGACACUUCAUCGACAGCCAAUCAUUUCCUUCCUCCCUCACCUGCGAUCUCUAAUCAACGUCUGUGUCAACCUGGUGAUGGGGGUUGUGGGGCCAUCUAGUGUGGCAGAUGGACUUCCCUUGUUGCAUUUGAGUCCGUACCUGUCUCCUCCUCUUCCCUUCAGUACAGCGGUUGUGCGUUUGGUUGCCAUGCAGAUCCAGGCUUUAAAGGAUGAUUUUCCUCUCAGUCAUGUGAUCUCCCCUUUCACCAAUCAAGAGAGACGAGAGGGGAUGCUGCUUAACCUUUUGAUUCCAUUUGUAUUGACUGUGGGCUCAGGGAAUAAAGACAGCCCUAACCUGGAGCAGCCGGAGGUAUUUCUACUUUUGCAGACAGUCAUUAACAUCCUGUUACCUCCACGUAUUAUCAGCACUUCCCGCAGUAAGAACUUUGUUCUGGACGCAUCCCCUGCCCACUGCUCUACCCCAGGGGACACUGGGAAAGACCUGCGUAGAGAGGGACUGGCUGAAUCCACCAGCCAAGCAGCUUAUCUUGCUCUGAAGGUGGUCUUAAUCUGCUUUGAGCGACAGUUGGGUAAUCAAUGGUACAAGCUGAGUCUACAGGUCAAGGAAAUGGCCCUGCGUAAAGUUGGCGGUCUGGCUUUCUGGGAUUUCAUUGACUUCAUAGUGCGCACAAGAAUUCCAAUCUUCAUUCUAUUGCGCCCCUUCAUACAGUGCAAGCUGUUAACCCAACCAGCUGAGUCUCAGGAGGAGAUCACGGCCCGUCACCAUAUUGCAGAGCAACUAGAGCGUCGUUUCAUCCCGCGGUCCCUCUGCAAGAGCUCUCUGUUUGCUGAGUUCAGCAAUGAGCUCAAGAUCCUGAAAGAGGCUGUGCACAGCGGCUCUGCAUACCAAGGAAAGACUUCCAUCAGUACCGUUGGCACAUCCACCUCUGCAUACAGGUUGAGUCUGGCCACCAUGUCCCGCUCAAACACCGGUACAGGAACUGUCUGGGAGCAAGAGAGCCAACCCUCACGCCAGCCCUCACAGGACACACUCAGUCGGUGUACCGAUGAGGAAGAGGAGGAAAAUGACUCCAUCAGUAUCCCCAGCGUGGUAAGUGAGCACGAAGCUUUCCUCCCCAGACUUAUUUCCCAGCGGCGUUUCUCCAGUCACAUCACGGUGUCAGCUGCCACUCAGCCUGAACCAGGCAUUAGCACCAUGCUGCCCAGUCACAGUGAACCCAAUGUGCUAGAUGAAUCCCAGGGGCUUCUGGAGGAGGGUAACCUGUCUAGGGUUGCUAGCGUGCAAAGUGAACCAGGACAGCAGAAUCUGCUCAUCCAGCCACCACUCGGUCGUAAGAGAGGACUUAGGCAGCUACGGCGACCCCUGCUGUCUAUACAGAGGGUGCAGGACGAGUCUCGUGGACGUCAGGGAGCCAGACUCUCAACAACCCGCAGGAACAUUCAGCCUAAGAGUAAACCACUCGACAGGGCUCAUGGUGACCAAAAGAGGUCUGUCAAUGAUAUGAAAAAAAAUGGAGAACGUUACGGAAGUUCUGAGAAUGUCCCUGUUAGCUGGCCAUUUAUACCUCUGAAUUUGACGGCUUAUAUAACGCUUGCUUUGUUUUGCUCUCAGUAUGAGAAUAAAGACAGGAAAGAUCAGGGGAGUGUAAGAAGCAGUCUUUCUCCAACCCCCUCUGCUGCCUCAAGCUCCACUUCUAGAGCCUGCUCCCCUCUUCCUCCUCCCCUCCCCGUCCUGAGUACACCAUCCCGACUGGCCCCAACCCAGAUCAGAGAAAGUCCCGAGGAUGAAGAGACCACUGGGCUUCUGCAAAACACGGACACCUCCCCCGGUGCAGGAGAGGACCGUGGCACUGAGAACCCACUCCUGACCUCGCUGCUCACACCCCAUGCUCUCUCUCCGCUCCCCUUGUCCCCUGUUGACCUGGAUCUAGAUGAGUCUCACGUUUGAGAAUGUCCAGCUUCAGGAUGUAACAGUUUAAUACUGUGCUAGUUUAACAAGAAGUGGAAAAAGAAAUCCUGUGAUCAUGUUUCUUCAAUAACUUUAACUUGAUUUUUUUUGUGAACUCUUGACCACAAGAGUAAAACCAUUUUAAGCUAUCAUGGGACAUCCUUUGCAAUUAAUAGACAUUUAUGAAGCACUGUGCAUAAUUCUACACACCAAUGAAAGCUAAUUAUAAGUAUAACCAUUCAGUCUUUAGUGAGAUAAAUGAU